CCAGAGCCUGCCGCUGCCUGAGCAUCUAUUCUUAAGACUUGCACCUUUCAUCUGCCUAAAUGUGCUGCCGGUAACCCAAGACAAAUCCUCCUUGAAUCGCUCUCACGAUGUUGUCUCCAGACCCAACCACCCCUUCGCCAGUUAGGCCUCGCCCAGCAAAUUCGCCCAAUCCAGCUCUCUGCGACCAAUGCAACGAACACCUGGUUCUUGAUGACAGUGUCCUGGAGCCAUACAUCCAAACCCGUCCCAACGAGGGUUUGCGCAUUGGCUCAUGCUUGCCCGCAAAUCCAGGUCGCAGAUGGAACCCCAUGUUCGGUGGUAUCGAGUACACACGAAAGGACCACCUCCCGCAUCUCCCCAGCUUGUCACACGCCGCGGAGAACGGUUGCGAAUUCUGCGCCGGGGUGAAAGAAGGGCUAAAGACUAAGUAUCAAGGAGCCUCCUGGUGGAAUGAUAGCUCCGGACCCCUCAGUCUGCGCAUUCAGUAUGUUUGGCAGUGUCUCAAACAUGCUGAUCACACAGGCAUCCAUUCAAUUGUGGUAAGCGUGUCUCCAGACGAGACGAAGGGUUGGGAGAAAACAGCUCUGCAAUUCCUUGUUUGGGCAACCAAAGGCGAAGAUGCUUGUUACGAGUGGCUGGGGGGGUGGGAUAUGGGCCGCGGAAGCAAGUACUGGGCGUCGGACGAUCGGCAGUGGUCUCCGAGUAAUAUUUCCAAAGCCAAUCGAUGGCUUCGCGGUUGUGUCGAACGGACCGGCCACUGCGAAGGAAGCGAAUCAUCAAUGAUUGCUACUUCCAAGAACGUUGGGGUGUCGACUGGGAUUGAGGACCUCGGAAGCCGAACUCUUCCUACUAGGCUUCUGGAUCUGUUUCCGGAUCGGCCAUCCCCAUCAGGUGACGUGACUCCAGACGAUAUUGUACUUUUCGAGACGGCUUCUCUACGAGAAAUGGAAGGGAAAGCUGGCUCGCAAACUGGAAGCUUUCGAUACGCGGCCUUGAGCUCCUGUUGGGGUGGCGUGGACCCGCCAGCUAAGACGACCAACGCCAACUUCAAGCAUGGCUCCAGGAACAUAGGAUUGUCCAGUCUCCCACAGUGUUUGAAAGACGCUGUUACUGUCACAAGAGACCUUGGAGUACGGUAUUUAUGGAUCGACGCGCUGUGUAUCAUCCAAGGAGAUACAGAUGACUGGGUAAGAGAAUCAGGGACAAUGUUCCGCGUGUUCCGCAACGCCUUCUUCACUAUUGGCGCCGCCGCGUCGGCAUCCUUUGACGAUGGGUUUUUGAGACAUCGACCCCGACAAAUCAGAGUCCCAUUCUCCUCGUCUUUCAACCCACAAGUCAGGGGAAGCAUCACGUUGUCGACGAUCCCGAUUUUGACUACAGAGCCGGAGUUAUUUCCUUCAAUUUCUCCCCUUGACCGCGACCUUGAAGCCAGCGAGUGGGACACCCGAGGAUGGGUAUGGCAGCAACAGAUGCUAACAAAGCGGCUUCUCAUCUUCGGAAAGGAAACGAUCAAUUUCAAAUGCAUCCAUUGCGUCCAAUCUGAAGAAGAUUGUUGGAGCAACUUCGACUCGUCCACGUACACACUUGGUGACCAGACAAGGCAGGAGUGGAGGGAUUGGGUGGAAUAUUUCUCGCAAACAGACUUGCCUUGCAUUCAGGAAAAGCUGCCAGCUGUCUCGGGUCUAGCCAAAAUAAUGGAUGAGAAUUCAUCGACGGCCGGGGAACCACCAGCAGAAUACCUCGCCGGUAUUUGGCGGUCAUCCCGGGAGAAGGAUCUCCAUUCCGGCUGGCGGGGCCAGCUAUGCUGGAGGCUGAGGCGCGAAGACUCCACAUUCAAGCAGAUGCUCGAGAGCUUGCGGAACACCUCAAUGGGAAGCUAUUCCGCGCCGAGCUGGUCCUGGGCUUCACGCAGCGAAGCCGUGGGCUGGAGAUCAGCGUCGUAUAUCAUGAUGAGGCACUAUCCUUACAGGGAGGGUCCGCAGCGUUUCCAAGCCCGGUUUGAGGACUAUCAUGGGAUAUUAAUGGGGCCCGACCCAAUGGGCCGCGUCAUGCCAGGCACUUAUCUGAAGAUUUCGGGACUUAUGCGCCAGACACCAAUACCUGUGAAUACGGCAGAGCCGCAUGACCGCCGAGCAAUGCUGGAAUGGAGGGUGCCUUCUCUGUCACCUCAUUUUUCUUUCAGCCUGGACUGGAAACAUUCACCGGAUGGGGCCGACGGGCAUGCUGAGGGUGACAUUCGCUUAUUCGGCCUCUGGAGAGCGACAAUCGAGGGGUGCAGUAACUUCUCGGGCCUCCUCCUGCUGCAAGACAACGAGGAUGGCUUCUUUCUUCGCGUGGGAACUUUCCACAUGCAGUGCAAACUUGAUCACGAGGGACAUGGACGUGGGCCAAUGUUGGAAGAAUUCGAAAAUAGUUUUGUGGACUGGCAAGAGACGUCGGUCUCAAUCAAAUGAGUGUUUCUUCGAAUAAAUGGAGAGAUCGUUGCCCGAGCUUGUUCAAUGAUCUAGGAAAACCUACUAGAACCACCGACGACAUCUUAGCGGUGGGAGUCUCGGCACUAAUACAAGUUGUGUCACUCCUUGAAUAUUUUGGGUCAAUGCUGGCCCCAGG